AUGGAGGUAGAUGGCUUGUACCACUAUCCCACUCGUCUUCUCAGUGUCCAGGACUUCCCUGAACUGUGUUCACCCAAGGAGGCCAUGUUCCCCCAGCUUCAGAAGAACAGGCUGUCUAAAGCUCCAGAGCUAGCCACAUCCUACAUCACAGAGAUACAGAUGCUGUAACAAGCUGGCUACAUCAUCACACUGGAGCAUGAUGGUGCAGAGUACUCGCCAACCAGUCUCUCUGAUACCUGGUGCAACAAUCCUUGCAAGUCACACUUGGAGCCCAGCUGGUGACAGAGAAAAUUCUGAGGACAGUACUUAUUGAAGUUGAAGGAAUCCUCAACCUCAACAACCUUUGGGCUAUCAUCGUCAGACAUUGCUUACCCCAAUUCUAUUACCCCAAACUCUUGCUAAUCGGAAGGCCUGAUGCAUGUCUCCCACAAGUAGUGUAUCCUGAAUCAGAGCUUUUGGGCAGCUCCUCACUAAAGGGCCACUCGUUCACCAGACGGGUGUGCAGAAGGAAUGUGGUUGUGGUGGUGGAAAUAAAAGCAUUGGAGCUGAAGACAUCUAUCUGGUUCUGAUCGGUGACCUGCAGUGGAUUACUUUUUAAGUGAUUCCAGCAAAGAAACAGCAGAGGAGAAACACCAUCUCUACAGCUAUGUUGAAGGGCCCAAUAUUGGCUGCAUGGCUGGUGUAUUUCCUGUGUCAUGUUUAUCCUGUUAAAUCCGGUGUGAUCUGCGGUGAGUCCAAAAUGACAAUAGGGGUUGAGAAGUCUAAGUAUCGUAGAAUCCAUAAGGGGGAUUUCCGGAUCAAUGAUGCCACCAGCGCCGCCUGCCGCCUCAGAUCCAACAGCACUCACUUCUUCGCUGAAGUCCCCCUCAACGGUUGUGGCACUCAGAUCGAGGAAAAUGGUGAAAACCUCAUUUUCACAAAUACAAUCACCUUAGUCGACAAUGCAAACGCAGUGAUCACCAGGAAAUGUCUGCUGGAGCUGAAGUUCGAAUGCACGUACCCCAAAAGUGUAAAAGUGAAACAGAGCUUCAGUGCACACAGGAAGAAUGUCGUAGAGUCGGAGAAAGGCUUCGGCACGUUCACCUACAAGUUUGAAUUUUAUCCUGAUAAGAAAUUCCAAACCCCGCUUACACCAGAUUCAUACCCUCUGGACUGUGAUAGUGAGCAAAAGCUUUUCAUGCAGAUAGAGGUCGCCUCCUCAAUUGUAAACACCGAGCUGUUUGUGGAGUCCUGCAGUGCGUCACCAUACGACAUUCCAAACUACAAAACAACCUACUCCAUCAUUGAUAAAGGGUGUAAAGUGGACCCGACUGUUAUAAAUUAUAGCCGCUCCCACGACACAAAAUUCAGGUUCAGCAUGGAUGCCUUCACGUUUAUCGGCUUGAAUGACCAGGUGUACAUCAGCUGUUCAGUAAUGAUCUGUAGAUUAGGAAAACCUGACACAAGAUGCUCGCAGGGAUGCAUCAAUUCCAGAAAAAGACGAGAUGAUCAGCAACAUCACCUCACAAAGAGAGAGGCUGUCACUCAGAGUUCAAGGCACUUCAUUUCCCAGGGUCCUCUGCGCUUAAGGAGAUCAGCAGAGAGCCCCGGAAGCCCAGUGAUCAACCUGAAACUGAACCUGUUUUUCAUUGCUGGAUGUCUCCUUUCAGCCGUUGGCAUGAUCAGUGCCGCAGUCGUCUACAAAGCCACACUAUCAAGGGUCAAAUACCAACCUUUGCCCGCAUUUGAAAGUUAAGACAGCAGCGUGUGCAGGAUACCAAUCAUGUAUUAACUACAUUUGACUACAUAAAGCAAAGUCAUUACUCUUAAACUAAUUAAUAUCCUUGAAAAAAACAUAAACGUACACUGAAACAAUAUUGCCUGGUUAAAAGACAAAUGAAAAUAAUAUGAACAUUUUCAUAAUAUGAAAAUAUGAACAUGAAUUCAUUUCACUUUUAGUUUUUAGCUAUAUUAUUUUACAACAAAAGAAUGCUAUGCUUUUCCACAAUUGCUUCACAAUUAAUCUCUAUCAUUUCACACAUGCAGUCUAGUCUAGGAGAAUUAAAUAACAAGAACAUGAUUUUUGUUAGAAUGGAGUGGAACUAUCUGUUCUAUACUCUGGAAAGAUUUGGGUUUGGGGAGAAAUAUAUAUCCUGGACGAAAGUGAUUUACUCCUCCCCACAGCCUCAGUUAGAACAAAUACCAUUCAAUCUGGGUCCUUUCAUCUCCAUCGCUCUAAGAGACAGGGUUGUCCUCUAAGUCCUCUUCUAUUCACAAUUGCCAUUGAACCCCUUGCUGUGGCAUUUUGUUGUGACCCCCAUAUCUCUGGCAUACACAGAAACGAUAUUGAAUUAAAGGUUUCUCUAUAUGCUGAUGAUCUACUUCUUUUUCUUUCCAACCUCUCUGUUUCUAUACCUGCCGCCCUGGCCUGUCUUCAGUCCUUUGGUCAAAUAUCUGGCUCUAAAUUAAAUCUUACUAAGAGCGAGAUAUUCCCUAUCAAUACAGCUGAUCAGACAUUCCCUUUACACAACCUGCCUUUCAAAGCUCAUAGCUUUAAAUAUUUUGGGAUUCAUGUUACCCACAAAUUUAAAGACCUUUUCAAGGCAAUUUUUACUCCUUUGCUGUCUAAAACUCAAGAGGACUUUGAUGGUUGGUCUCUUCUCGAACUUGUCUUUGGCAGGUAGUGUCAAUUCUGUGAAGAUGACUACUCUCCCACGUUUCUCAUAUCUGUUUCAAUCUGUCCCCAUUUUCCUCCCUCAGUCUUUUUUCCAUAAACUGGACAGCCUAAUCUAGAAUUUAUUUGGAAUAAAAAGUUCCCUAGGUUGGGUAAACAAUAUUUACAGAGACCCAAACCAGUUGGGGGGGUUAGCUCUCCCCAAUAUGACAUUCUAUUACUGGGCCGCUAAUAUUAGAAUUCUAAAAUUCUGGCUCCAACUGGCUCCAAUAUGAAACUUUAGAUUUAGGUAACCAUGGAGGCAUUUUCUAGAAAACCAGUUUCAUUGAAGGCUGUAGUGCAUUAUUCUACUUUAUCCUCCAAUUCUCCGCAAGAAUGUGCUUGUGAGAACUUUUCUUAGAAUUUGGGCUCAAUUCAAACGCUGUUUUGGUUAACAAUCUUUCUCCAUCCAAGCUCCAAUAGCCACCAAUCAUACUUUCACUCCAUCUCUUGUAGACAAUGCUUUUUUCAAUUUGGUCCAAUCAAGGCAUAGUAUCAUUUCAGGAUUUAUACAUUAACAACACCUUUGCGUCCUUCCAACAGCUCUCAGAGAAAUUUUCAGUCCCUAAAUAUCACUUUUUUAGAUACCACAAGUUUGUAGUUUUGCUCGCACAACCUUCCCAAACUUCCCCAAUUUGCCCAACGAGUCACCUCUUGAUAGGUUUUUCAAACCUAGUUGUUCAUUGAAAGGGUUAAUUUCAGAUAUUUAUAAUCAAAUUCUCUCUCUUCAUCCAAAACCACUGGAUCCCAUAAGAGCCUUGUGGUAAGAGGAUUUGGGGGAGGAGUUAACUGAGGUUUUGUGGGACGAAAUUCUUAGUUGUGUGCAUAAAUCUUCAAUAUGUGCGCACCAUGGCCUUAUUCAGUGCAAAAUUCAGCACCGUACGUAUUACACCAAAGAGAGGCUGGCUAGGAUCUACAAAGAUAUAUCUGCAAAAUGCAAUAGAUGUAAGCAAACCCCAGCCAAUCUAAUUCGUAUGUUAUGGCUCUGCCCAUCUCUGCAUAAUUUCUGGACGGCUAUUUUUAAAACUAUUUCAGACAUAGUUGAAUAGAGGAUCAAGCCGAAUGCUCUCACCGUAUUGUUUGGUGUCCCCUCCUUUGUGCCUUCCCUAUCAAAAUCUAAUAGAGAUGUUAUUGCCUUUGUCACCUUAUUAGCGAGAAGACUAAUUUUAACUAAAUGGAAAUUAAGAACCCUCUUAUCAUGCACGCUGGUUGGCGGAUGUCCUUUAUUUCCUUCAAUUAGAACAAAUUAGACUUUCUACAAGGAGUUCUUCUCAAAAAAUGUUUUAAUGUAUUUCUACAUUUGGAGAAUACUAGUUUCUCACAUAUUCCUGACUAAGACUGGAUUGGCCUAAACUUGGCAAUAUGUCCUAUUUUGUACUUUGUUAGGGUGACUACCUAUUGAAACGUUUUGCUGUAUUUUUGUAUUUAACCCUCAUUACUGACGGUGGGGGGUUGUUGCGUUUUAGUUUGCUUUGAUUUGUUUUGUAUUUUAUAUUGUGUAUGUAAGCAAAAAAGGAAACUUGUUUUUAUACAUAUCUUUUUCAACUGCUGUUGUACUGCUGUUUUGAAAUUAAUAAAGAAA